AUGCAGAUGACUGGUAAAAAAGAGCUUCGCCAUACAGCUCAGCUCCCUCUUCACCACAACGGACCGCUUCCAGAAGCCUCCAGUCAGGCUCUCUUUGCUGACAGUCAGGCGCACAUCUGGGCGUUGGAAGCACUGUCUUACCUCGUUCAAGCCUCAUUCACAGAAGACCAGUUUGGGGUGGUUCAAACUACAUUACCCAGCAUUCUUGGCGCCAUGCUGCUUUUGCAAGAGGCUGUAGACCGACACUUCAAGCUGCCUCAUGCUUCCAGUAAGCCCGUCAGGUCGAGCAGCAGCAUGGGGGACUCCACCUACAAAACGCUGCGCUUUGCUCUCAGGGCCACACUCAAGACCGCCAUUUACAGGAUAACCACCACCUUUGGAGAUCACUUAAAUGCUGUGGAGCUGUCUGCAGAGCACCGGAAAAGACUGCAGCAGUUUUUGGAGAACAAGGAAUAAGACUCUGUACCUCGGCUUCAGUUCCAUCAGUUUCUUGUUUGCGUGUUUGAACACACGAACUAAAAGAAAGUAGUGCCCCUUUUUAUUCCUGGUCUGCCAUGUUGUGGAUUGUAUUUGGCAUGGAGCAUGAACAGGAAGUACAACUUGCCGACGUGAUGGACUACAAGAGCCUUCUGGGAUUCGGUUCCAACAGUUCUCCCUCUCUCAGAAGUAUUGGCUUUUGAAAAUUGGAUCCAAAUAGACUUUUUAAAUUGUAAUAUGUAAAGGGCUACUUGUGCCAUUUCCUUCCGUUUUCACAUUUUAUUUUGUAUAAUG